UGCAUUCGGCUGCAGUUCGCCGAGGAGCCAGCGAGGACCACCGCGGGCUCCGCUCCCACGCACUUCGAGCUUCUCCCGCCCCGCACUCCCGCUUUUCCACAGGGGUGAAGAUGAGUGCUGAUGAGAUCCUGGUGUGUGCAGUAAAACUUGGAAAAAACUUCUGCCUCUAUUUUGACGACGAUGAUGAGCUGGAAUGUGAUGCCCUUUGCAAGGAGAAGACCCUGCUCAGAGUCCUUCGGAACGUGAACAGCCAGCUGCUGGUGGUUCGCCCAGACCUCAACCUGGCAGCCUUUGAGGAUGUGACAGACCAGGAGAUGCAAUUGGGCCAAGGGAUGCACUUCACCAUCCACUGCUACAAAACCACCACCCCUGGAGCAGGGCUGCCUGUUGCCUUCAGCGUGCAAAUAGAGGACAAAAGCUAUUACAUGUGCUGUGAGAAGGAAUGUGGGGAAAUGAUUGUUCGAUUCAAGGAAGGACAAGUUCCCAAAGAAAUUCCUGGUGAAAGUAACAUCAUCUUUUUCAAAAAGACAUUCACGUCCUGUUGCUCCGGAGCGUUUAAGUUCGAAUACUCACUGGAAGAAGGAAUGUUCUUGGCCUUCAAGGAAGAAGGCUACUUAAGGAAAUUAAUCCUGAAGAAACUGUCAACAAAAGAUGAAGUGGAUGAAACCACAAAGAUAAGUUUAUCUAAAUUCAGUCAAAAUGAAAGUCACAACCUGUAAUGACAGGCUUUAACAGUUUUAAAAUAUAUUUUGGCUUUUUAUAAAAGAAACUUCAGUCUUUCUUUAUCCAGAACCAAGCCAGUUUUCUGUUUUAACUACCAUAAGCCUUAUAAA